AUGCCUCGCGCCAUCAGAAGCGUGCUCAUCGAGUGCGACCCAUCCAUCAAGUCCAUCAUCGUCAACAUUGACAGCGAGAAUCACGACUUCAUCAUCGAGGAUCUCGACGACGAGCGCGUCGUCGUCAAGGAAAACAUGGUCCCGUUGCUCAAGCAAAAGCUCGAAGAUCGCCUAAAGGAAAACUUGCCUCCGGUCGACGAAUCUGGCUCUGAAUGA